AUGGCAGGCAUGAGCGUGGCCCGUGUGUAUGCGAAUGCCAACGAGUCUCGUGGUCGCGAGUGGUGGGACUACGACAAUUUGGCAUUGCAGUGGGGAACGCAGGACAACUUUGAGAUUCUGCAGAAAGUAGGCCGUGGCAAGUAUUCGGAAGUAUUCGAGGGUGUCAAUGUGGCCUCCGAAAAUUAUGAUAAGUGCAUUAUCAAGGUGUUGAAACCCGUCAAGAAAAAGAAGAUCAAGCGCGAAAUCAAGAUCCUGCAGAACCUCAUGGGCGGACCCAAUGUGGUACAGUUGAUCGAUGUGGUUCGGGAUCCACAAUCCAAGACACCUUCCAUUAUUACUGAGUAUGUGAACAAUACGGACUUUAAAGUGCUAUAUCCCACAUUCACUGACUAUGAUGUGCGAUACUACAUGUUUGAAUUGCUUAAAGCGCUGGACUUUUGUCACUCCCGCGGCAUCAUGCACCGUGACGUGAAGCCCCAUAAUGUCAUGAUCGAUCAUGAGAAGCGCCAGCUGCGCCUAAUUGACUGGGGUCUGGCCGAGUUUUACCAUCCCUAUACCGAGUAUAAUGUGCGCGUUGCCUCCCGAUACUUUAAAGAGCUCCUCGUCGACUUCCAGGAAUACGACUACUCUCUGGACAUGUGGAGCCUAGGCUGUAUGUUUGCUUCGAUGAUCUUCCGCAAAGAGCCCUUCUUCCAUGGGCAUGACAAUUAUGACCAGCUUGUCAAGAUUUGCAAAGUCUUGGGUACAGAUGAACUUCUUGCGUAUCUUGCGAAAUACAAGAUCGAGCUGGACUCGCACUACGAUGUCAUACUUGGGCGUUACCCGCGCAAGCCGUGGCCGCGGUUCGUUACUCCAGAGAACGAACGCUUCGUCUCCGACGAGGCUCUAGAUUUCCUGGAUAAACUCCUGCGGUAUGAUCAUCAGGAACGCCUCACUGCUCAGGAGGCACAACAACACCCCUUCUUUGCCCCUGUUCGACCAACUGCCCCGAAGAGUAACUAG